CUGAUACCUGGAGUAUUUGUCCGACCUCCCGCGACCAGAAGUGAACUUCUCCACACGGCGGAGGGACACGGGCGGUGCGCACACUUUCCGAACCAGAGCGGGAGCCGGGUCUUGUUUGCACAGGACGUCCCAUUGACGGAAGCCUGCACAGGACGAGUGAUUUCUGGGCCAUUUACAACGUUGGAAUACAACCUUGAUUCGGACCGAGGAAGAGCAAGAGGGCAUGGGAAGAUCUUUAAGACUUCAGACAGUAUAAAUCUUUAUUUGAUUGCGAGGAUUUGUGGAAAGUUGCCAUGCCAGUGCCCCAGGUGUCCGGUUCAGAACAAGGCAGAGGGGAGUGUCUUGUUCAGUUGUUGUAAGGACAGUUUCAACCCCCGCUGUUCUAGCGACAUAUAUCUAGCUUUUAUUUGUGCACAGCGAGUUUUAAAGACUUCUGCACCUAGUUGAAGAGUUGGACUGUGUUCAAGAGACUGUGAGACUCGUGCUCGGUGUUCUCUGUCCACGUUGAGGUCGCCGGCAUUUCUGAUUCCAAGUGAGCAGCGGGACGUUAGCGGUGAACCAUGGCAGGAUCGCUCCUCCGUGCAGACCCGGACCGCUAUCUCUUCGGAGACCAAAAAGAACUCAGCAAACUUCGCUCCCAGGCCUUCGACUCCAAGAAGAAUUGCUGGAUUCCUAACGAAAAAGAUGCUUUCUUGGCCACAGAGAUUACACAGACGAAGGGUGAUAUCCUGACAGUGCAGACUGAAGAUGGAAAGACCUUCACAGUGAAUAAAGAUGACACCCAGCAGAUGAACCCACCCAAGUUUGAGAUGACGGAGGACAUGGCCAACUUGACCUAUCUGAACGAGGCAUCUGUGCUGUACAACCUGAAGCAGCGCUACUUCCAUGGACUGAUCUAUACAUACUCUGGGCUGUUCUGUGUCGCCAUCAACCCUUACCGCACUCUGCCCAUCUACUCCAACAAAGUGGUGUCCAUGUACAAGGGCAAGCGGAGAACAGAAAUGCCUCCUCACGUCUUCAUGGUGUCUGACAAUGCCUACAACAGCAUGUUGUUAGAUCGAGACAAUCAGUCCAUGUUGAUCACAGGUGAGAGUGGUGCAGGAAAAACAGAGAGUACAAAAAAAGUCAUUGCCUACUUUGCGAAUGUUGCAGCCUUGAGAAAGGAUCAUGUCGAGGAUAAGAACACAAAGGCAGACACAAAGGUUGGCACUUUGGAAGAUCAAGUCAUUCAGACCAACCCUGUGCUGGAGGCAUUCGGAAAUGCCAAGACAGUCCGGAACAACAACUCCUCCAGAUUUGGAAAGUUCAUCAGAGUUCAUUUUCAAGCAAAUGGCAAACUUGCAGGGGCUGACAUUGAGACAUACCUAUUGGAGAAGUCCAGGGUGACAUCCCAACAACCUGGGGAGCGCUGCUACCACAUAUUUUACUACCUGUUGUCAGGGAGGUUUCCAGAACUACAAGAAAAGCUUCUUUUGACUUCAGAUCCCAAGUUCUACAAGUUCAUUUCCCAAGGGGACACCAGAAUAGAGGGAGUGGAUGACUCCAUGGAGAUGAAGUUCACCGAUGAAGGGUUCGACAUCCUUGGCUUUGCUCCCGAGGAGAAGCUGUCCAUCUACAAACUGGUCGCUGGGGUCAUGUACUUUGGAAAUAUGAGGUUCAAGCAGAGACCAAGGGAAGACCAAGCAGAUAUAGAUGGCACACAAGAGGCAGAGAAGAUCUCCCAUCUCCUCGGUGUGCCAGAGCCAGAAUUGGUCAAAUCUAUCCUGAAGCCGAGGGUCAAGGUCGGGAAUGACUUUGUCACAAAGGGACAGAACAUGCAGCAGUGCAACGAAGCUAUACGUGCCCUAGCAAAGGCCAUCUACAACAGGAUGUUCAGCUGGCUGGUGGCGCGACUCAACAAGACUCUAGAUACCAGAAUGCAGAGAAGUUACUUCAUAGGGGUUCUAGACAUAGCAGGAUUUGAGAUUUUUGAGUUUAACAGUUUUGAGCAGCUGUGCAUUAACUUCACCAAUGAGAAGCUGCAGCAGUUCUUCAACCACCACAUGUUCGUACUGGAGCAGGAGGAGUACAAGAGGGAAGGCAUCGAGUGGGAGUUCAUUGACUUUGGCCUGGACCUGGAAGCAUGUAUUGCUCUCAUUGAAAAGCCUAUGGGUAUCAUGUCCAUCCUGGAGGAGGAGUGCAUGUUCCCUAAGGCUUCUGAUGAUACCUUCAAGGCAAAGCUGUACGAGAACCAUAACGGCAAGUCUCCCAACUUCCUCAAGCCAAGGGUGCAGAAGGAAGGACCCCAUGAAGUCCACUUUGAAGUUAUCCACUAUGCUGGAGUGGUUGGCUACAACCUGUAUGGUUGGCUGUAUAAGAACAAAGACCCCCUGAAUGAGUCUUGUGUCAGCUGCUUUGCCAAGUCCCACCUGGAUCUAUUGGCUGCACUGUUUGCUGAAGAUGCCACACAGGAGAGUGGAGGCCGUAACCCUGCACGAUCCCUGCCCAAGUAUGGGUACAUCGAUGUAGCUGACAGAAGUUCAGCCGCUGGCAGGAAGCACAAGAAGUCUGGUGCCUUCCAGACUGUCUCAGCAAAACACAGGGAACAACUGAACAAGCUGAUGACCAACCUGCGGAACACUUCCCCCCACUUUGUGCGCUGUAUCAUCCCCAACGAGGCCAAGGCCGCGGGAGAGAUCGACUCCUUCCUGGUUCUGCACCAGCUCAGGUGUAACGGUGUGCUGGAGGGCAUCCGCAUCUGCCGCAAGGGCUUCCCCAACAGGAUGAUCUUUGCGGAGUUCAGGCAAAGGUACCAGAUCCUGGCACCCACCUCUAUCCCAGAAGGCUACAUUGAGGGUAGGGAGGCAUCCACACUUCUCAUUGAGGGCAUCGACCUGGACCCUUGUGAAUAUCGUAUCGGUAAAACCAAGGUGUUUUUCAAGGCAGGUGUGCUGGGGCACCUGGAGGACCUGCGAGACGAGCGACUGGCCAUCAUCAUGACCAUGAUCCAGGCCAGAGCACGGGGGCUGCUCCAGAGGAAGAUCUUCAAGAAAAUGAUGGAGCAAAGAAUUGGUCUGUCCAUCAUCCAGAGGAACAUCAGGCGAUAUCUAGUCCUGAGGAACUGGGCAUGGUGGAGACUCUUUACCAAGGUCAAGCCCCUCCUGAAGGUCGUCAAGCAGGAGGAUGAAAUGAGAGCAAAAGAGCUGGAGAUCCAACAAUUGAAGGAGAAACUAGCCAAGGAGGAAGCCAUUCGCAAGGAAACGGAGCAGCAGAAUGCCACCCUUUCUCAGGACAAGAACGAUCUUGUUCUGCAGUUACAGGCAGAGCAGGACAACCUGGCAGAUGCCGAGGAGAGGUGCGCUGCUCUUAUAAAGACCAAGGCGGACUACGAGUCACAAAUCCAAGAACUCCGCGAGAGAUUAGAGGACGAGGAAGAUGCAAACGCAGAGUUGACGUCAUCUAAGCGUAAGAUUGAAGAGGAGUGCGAUGAGCUGAAACAUGACAUUGAAGACCUGGAGAUGACCCUUUCCAAGGUGGAGCGUGAGAAGCAGGACUAUGACCGGAAGUGUGGGCAGCUGGAGGCUGAGCUGGUGGACAAGGAGGACACCAUCGACAGAGUCACCAAGGAGAAGAAGAAACUUGAGGAGCUCAACCAGCAAACCCUGGAAGACUUGCAAGCCGAAGAGGACAAGGUCAACCACCUUAACAAGGUUAAGGUCAAGUUGGAGACCACUCUUGAUGAGCUGGAGGAUGCCCUGGAUGAGGAGAAGAAGAUCCGACAGGAGGUGGAGAGGAUCAAGAAGAAACUGGAGUCAGACCUGAAGGUUGCUCACGACAAAAUCGCUGAUGGAGAGAGCAAGAGGAGCCUCCUGGAGGAAGACAUCUCCAAGAAGGAGACUGCAAUCCACGUGCUGGAGGCCAAGUUUGAAGACAGCCAGAGCAUGGUUGGCACCCUUCAGAGACGCAUCAAGGAUCUACAGGCUCGUAUCGAGGAGCUGGAGGAGGAACUGGACACAGAGCGGCAGACUCGCAUGAAGGUUGAGAAGCACCGCAAUGACCUGCUGCGGGAGCUGGAUGAACUCAGUGAGCGGCUGGACGAGGCGGGCGGAGCCUCUGCUGCACAGAUCGAGCUCAACAAGAAGAGGGAGAUGGAACUCGCCAAGAUCAGAAGGGAGCUGGAGGAGUCCACCAUGCAGCACGAGGCCAGCGUGACCACGCUGAGGAAGCGGCACAGCGACCAGCUGACGGAGCUGUCGGAGCAGGUGGAGAGCCUGCAGCGCUCCCGCACCAAGCUGGACAAGGAGAAGAACAGCCUGCGGGUGGAGCUGGACGAUGUCGCCACCCAGCUGGAGGCUGUGACCAGAAUCAAGCUUCACCUGGAGACCUCGGUGCGCGAGCUGGAGACUAAGUACUCGGACGCAAAUGGCCGCAAUGAGGAGCUGAGCAGGCAGUUGAGCGACCUGCAGGUCCUGCGCUCCAAGCUGACAGCUGAGAACGCCGAGCUGGGCAGGCAGAUGGACGACGCUGAGGCCCAAGUCCGCGAGCUGAGCCGCACCAAGGCCAUCGUGCAGCAGAGCUACGAGGAGGCCAAGAAGGGUCUUGAGGAGGAGACCAGGCAGCGCACGCAGCUGUCUCACCAGGUGGUGCAGCUGCAGCAUGACCUGGAUGUCCUGCGAGAGCAGCUGGAUGAAGAACAGGAGGGUAGGACAGAGCUUCAGAGGCAGCUAUCCAAGGCUAAUGCCGAGUGUGCAUCUUGGAGGACCAAGUAUGAGACGGAGGUGAUCCAACGGCUGGAGGAGCUGGAGGAACAGAAGAAGAAGCUAGCCGCCAAGCUGCAGAUCGCAGAGGAACAGGUUGAGGCAGCCCAAGCCAAGGUGUCCAGCCUGGAGAAGACUAAGAACAGGCUGGCAGGUGAGGUGGAGGACCUGAUGAUUGACCUGGAGAAGGCCAACGCAGCUGCAGCUGCUCUGGAGAAGAAGCAGCGCCUGCUGGACAAACAGAUUGCAGAAUGGAAGGUGAAGUGCGAGGAGAUCACCGUAGAACUGGAUGCCAGCCAGAAGGAAUGCAAGUCGUACCAGAUUGAACUGUUCAAGCUCAAGGGCCAGUAUGACGAGGCCAUGGACACCAUUGACCAGCUCAGGAGGGAGAAUGGUGCUCUGAAGGACGAGUGCCGUGAUCUGAGCGACCAGCUGUCAGACAGCCAGAAGUAUGUCCACGAGCUGGAGAAGGCCAAGAAGAGGCUGGACCUGGAGAAGGAGGAACUGUUGGCAACUAUUGAGGAGCUGGAAGCUUCCCUGGAAGGGGAGGCUGCAAAGGUGUCUCGCCUGCAGGUCGAGAUUGUCCAAGUGAAGUCUGACUGUGAAAGGAGAAUUGCCGAGAAGGAGGAGGAGUUUGAAACCACACGUAAGAACCUGUUGCGCCAGCUCGAGUCUCUCCAGGCCAGUCUGGAGGUGGAGACCAAGGCCAAGAACGAAGCCAUCCGUGCCAAGAAGAAGCUGGAGGCAGACCUGAACGAGCUGGAGGUUGCCCUUGACAACGCCACCAAGGCCAACGCAGAGGCCAAGAAGACAAUCACCAAACUGCAGGUCACCAUCAAGGAACUACAGGUUCAGCUUGAUGAUGAGAUCCGCAGCCGUGAGGAGCUGCGUGAGCAGUACGCUCUCCUGGAGAAGCGCCUGCAGCUGACCAUCACCGAGCUGGAGGAUCUCCGUGUUCUGUACGAGCACUCCGAGAAGGUCCGCAAGGCGGCUGAGGCUGAUGCUCAGGACCUACAGGACCGUAACAAUGAGCUGGCGGCCCAGAAUGCUUCGCUGUCUGCCCACAAGAGGAAGGUAGACGCGGAGCUGCAGGCCCUGCAGGUGGAGCUGGACGAGACAGUCUCUGAGCUCAAGGCAGCAGAUGAGAGGGCCAAGAAGGCUUCUGCUGAGGCUGCCCACCUGGCAGAUGAGCUGCGUGCGGAACAGGAGACGUGCCUGCAGCUGGACAAGACUAAGAAGAACCUGGAGGUCACACUGAAGGACCUGCAGCUGCGCCUGGACGAGGCUGAGGCCAUCGCGCUCAAGGGAGGCAAGAGGCUCAUCCAGAAACUUGAGGCCAGGGUGCGUGAGCUGGAACAAGAGCUGGAGAACGAGCAGAGGCGUCACUCUGAGACACAGAAGAACAUGAGGAAGAACGAGCGCCGCCUCAAGGAGCUGAGCUUCCAGGCUGAGGAGGACCGCAAGACCCAGGAGCGCAUGCAAGAACUUAUCGAGAAACUACAACUGAAGAUCAAGUCUUACAAGAGACAAGUGGAGGAAAUCGAGGAGCAGGCCACCAUCAACCUUUCCAAGUUCCGCAAGACCCAGCACGAGCUGGAGGACGCAGAGGAGCGGGCGGAGAUCGCGGAGGGCUCCCUCAACAAGCUGCGGGCACGCAACCGUGGCACGGUCUCUCCUGCCACUCGCAUCACGACUCCUUCCACUGCGAGUCGCAGCAACGGUCCAUACACAGACAAGACCUUCGAGACCAGCUCCUACCCCAGGAGGUACUACUCGUCACACGGUUCUACGCCGUCCACGCCACCGCGAGAUCUAGAGGACGGGGACCGUACUCCACCGAGACGACCUUCCAUCUCCCAGCUCUCCACGGGGUCCACGGGAACACCACAUAGCUCCAACACCAACAACACUCCAGAGGCAGAAGUGGAUGGAGGAGAAGAAGAGGAAUAAGCAAUAAACCUUCCCCAUUGUAAACUAUAAAUAAUGUGCAUUUUUGUGAUGAACAGGAAAAGUAUCAACAGUAUAUUAUGCCAUGUAUGUGCCUAAGCCGAGUGACAUUACAAGUUAAGUAAGCACCAUAUGAAGUAUACCGUUACAUGUAAGGAAACGUAAGCUACUUUUCUAGUGCAAGUUUAAGUUAGUGUGGUGCCCUGGAGGUCAUGUCUCAGUGUAAGAAGGGAGUGUGCUGUGUGUAUGUUUCAUAGUCAGCACUAUGGCAGUGAGAUUUCCAGCUGUACUAAGGGACCAUCCCCUUCACAACAUAGACCAUGUACAUCUGGCAUUAGGAAGUUAAACAGAUAUCUUUUGUAGAGACCUUGGAAAGUUGGCAUCAGAGAGGGAAAAUAGUGCCAGUACUCUGGGAGCAGCAGGGGAAAUGAAAGGAACCAAAAGAUUGUUAAACCUGCUGUCAUGAGGGAGACACUAGCAAGGUUGUACUAGCACUUUGAGUGUAAGAACAGUUCCUAGCCAGAUAUAACCAAAGACCAAUAUGCAGUGAGAUGUAUCACAGUGGUGCUAAGUGGAGGAACCUCUAUAGGCUGUUGUGAGACAUGGCCGACAGUGAUGCAGUAACACAACACAACGGGAGGGGCUCGAGAGGUCAAUGCACUGCUAUAAGUGCCAUAUUGCAAGUUUUGUAUCAAAAUAUAUGCACCAGUUAGGUGGUUACCAUUAGUGUACUCUUUCCACACUUGUGUAGAUCCCAGCACGUUUAUGCUGAAACCGCCACAAACAAGUGUUAGAAUUUUAAGAAUUUUUCUAUCGUAAAGCAACGUUUUUAUCCUAUGUUUAUGCAUCGAAGAAGCCUGCUAGAGACAUGUAUGAGACAUUAUAGUGCCUCCAGUCAUAGUAACCUUCGACCAAGUAGAGGUAUUUUUGUAUGAGGUGAAGUGAGGUAGAGAUGUGAGUGCCAAAAUGAAGCAGGAUGAUUCUGAUAAAUGCUGCCUGUUUUGAAACAACCAUAAUUAUGAAUUUAUCAUCACCAUUAUUAUGACAAAUAUAUUAUGUAAUGAUACAGAGAUAGAUGCUGACUGUGCCGUCAUUCUAUAAAAAAAACAAAUAAAAGCAUUCUUGCUUUUA